AUGCCAGUACUUUGUUAUAAAUGUUCCCGUUUGAAAUGCAAGGGUCUCUUCUAAAAAAAUAUGAAACAGAAACAUUUGGGUCCCCUAAUGGCAAUGGAAAAAAAGGAUCUUGAAGUCUCGAUUAUUGGUGGUGGGCUGGUCGGCUCUCUAUGCGCUUGCAUUUUAGGGAAUCAAGGAAUUCGCGUGAAAGUGUACGAGUAUCGAAGUGGUGGCAUUCGCAAUGCAGAAAUUGUAGAGGGUCGCAGCAUGAACCUACUUCUGUCUGAGAGAGGCUUGUCCGCCCUGCGUCUAGCUGGAAUGAAAGAGGAAGCCAUCAUUGAUCUGACCAUUCCGAUCAAAGGAAGAAUUCUGCAUACUAAAGAUGGUCAAAAAAUACCAUUUUUAUCGGAUCGUACAGGAAGAUAUGUCUAUUCCAUAAUUAGAAAAGAUCUAAACGAAGUUAUUAUAGCAGCUGCCAAAAAAAAUCCGAACAUUGAUAUCUUCUUCAAACAUAAAUUUAUCAAUUAUGAUUUCAAAAUAAAUAAAUUCCAAAUUAUGAGACCAGAUGGUGGAGUAGAAGAAAAUUCAGCGGACUUAUUGAUUGGUUGUGAUGGCGCCUAUUCCGCCGUUCGCAAACAGAUGCUGAGAACUCCGAGAUUCAACCACAGCCAGUCAUAUUUUGAGCAUGGUUAUAUAGAACUUGCGAUACCGCCCACAAGUACUGGAGAAUUUGCAAUGGAAGGUGACUUUCUCCACUUCUGGCCCAGGGAAAAUUUCAUGCUGACAGCUCUACCCAACCGAGACUGUUCAUACACUGUUUCUCUAUUCAUGCCGUUUGAAAUGUUCGAAAAGUUCAACACGCCAGAGAAAUUGUUUCAGCUGUUUAAAGAAAACUUCCCUGAGGCCAUUCCUCUUAUCGGAAAGGAGAAACUGAUAGCUGAUUUUUUUAAAGCAAAGCCGUCUUCGAUGGUUUCUGUCAAAUGUAAUCCAUACCAUUGGGAGGAUAAAAUCCUGCUUAUAGGUGAUGCAGCGCACGCUAUGCUCCCCUUUAACGGUCAAGGAAUGAAUGCAGGCUUUGAAGACUGUGAAAUUCUUUCUGAAUUGCUCAGCACUUACAACUAUGACUUGAAGAAAGUAUUACCGGAAUAUACGAGACGCAGGCAAAAAGAUGCUGAGAUCAUAUGCGAUCUCGCAAAAGCUACUUUCAAUGUGAUGAAGCUCCAUACAUCGAAGAAAUUUUUAUUUCUGUCCAAGCUUGACAAUCUUCUUAAUACAAUUUUCCCACGUUCCUGGAUCGUCCUCAGCACUGAGGUCACUUUCUCCAAAAUGCCAUAUUCCCAAUGCUUUGCAAGAAAACAAAAACAAGAUAAAAUUGUAUCAACUGUACUUUGGUCUGUAGUGAUCGUGGGAUUUUGCUUUGCUGUUUCCAUGUUUGCUAGACUCUGAUGUUAAUGAAAUUUAGUUUAAUACCCAUUUAUUAAAAAAAGCAUCUUCCAAUUGCUAAAACAUCCUUUGAUAGUUGUGAUCUACAAAUCGUGAAAUCCAGGGGAACUGAAUGUUCUUUGCUUUAUGUUUUAGUAAUCUGGGUAAAAAGGGGAGGGGGACUGUCCUACUGAAAUUACGUGAUUUCCUAUUUAACAUAAAAAUUUUUGAAUUAUUGUUUAGAUGUAUACCUUUCGGUUGAAACUUGGGAAUAUUUAAUGCUCUCUUUGCAUUUUAAUGAAAUUUGCUAACAUAAAUAUGAGGUAAUUGAAAAUCGAAGAUAUAUUUAAUCAAGAAAUUUUUUAUAAAAUUGUUUAAAUCCAUACAUAUCUUUAUAAACGAAUGUAGUUUGACAAAUUAAUUCUAUGGUGCUAGCUGCUACUACUUAAUCAAGAAAUCGUAUUAUAACCUAAAUAAUAUGAGUGCAUUUUUUGUUCAAGAGCAGAUGCAUUCCAGCAAUAGCUGAAAAACUUUAAAAUUGUAUGAUUUGAAAUUUUUGAUUUAAAUAAAAGUAUUUUGUUCAAAUCGA